AUGUUUAAUAAUUUUUCUAAAAAGGCACUUAGGAUCCUAAAAAAAGUGGAUAUUUUUUCAUAGCCUGUUUUAUUAUUGAUAAAAUAAGAAUAAGGGCAUAAAACAUUAUUUGGUGCUUGCUUAACUUCUGGAUUGAUAUCUUUCUUCCUCUACCUUCUUAUAGUAAAUCUAUUCGAUUUGAGGCAAGGAAAAAAUCUAACUUCGCUGUCUACUGAGAUUUAUCAUACAUAACCACAUUAAUUCAAAUUGGAUGAAACAAAUUUUACUCUAACUUUUGCUAUUUAAUCUCCCUCUUUUAAAACAUAUAUAGAUGAAUCAGUUUAUGUGGUUGAAGCAAAAAUUUAAACUAAGAUCACCAGAAUGUAUUAAAUGAAUUCAAUUAUUAGUACCGAUAAUGAAAAAAUUGAUGAAUGGACUUAGUAAGAUCUUCCUUUAACAAAGUGUAAUCCAGAGCUCAUUCGAUAAGUUGAAUUAUAACAAUAUUUUUCUCAAUUAGAUUUAACGACUAAUUAUUGUAUUGAUUGGAAUAAAAUUAAAGAGUUAGAUUUGGAAGGCACUUUUGAUUCUUUAGUUUAUCGUGCCAUUUUAUUAGAAUUUAAAAUUUGCAACGAUUUAACAAAAAAAUCGAAAGAAUGCAAAUCAAGGGAUGAAAUUAAAAAAUAGUUAGAAUAAAACUAUUUUUCUUUUUAAAUGCCCUCAUAUGUUGUAGAUGUGAAAAAUGAUAAACAUCCUUUUUUAUCAAAAGGAGAAGAUAUUUUCACCACUAUAUCUAGCAAGAUUUUUAAAGAAAUAUCUAUAUAUAUGUAGCCAAUAACAGUAUUUACAGAUAUAGGAAUUAUCAAUGAAGAUUACGAGGUUCAAAAUACCCUAAGAUAUAAGAGACAUACAGAAAUGAUUGACUUAAAUGAGAGUGACUUAAUUAUGAAUGUAGUAAUAAGAUUAGAUUAAAUUGAAUAAUAAUAUUAUAGAAACUACACCAAAAUUCAAAUUAUCAUAAGUAAAAUGGGUGGACUUUGGCAGGUAUUUUUUACUCUUGCCUUUCUUAUAUAGAAACCUAUAAAUAUGUUAUCUUAUUAUGUUAAAAUUUUGAAUUCGUUAUUUGAAUUUGAGUAAGAGUAAAAAAAACCAAUUAAAAAUUAAAAACAAGAAAAUCCUAAUCCAGAAACCUUACAAUAAGAAUUCUCGUCAAGAUAAUAAUUGCAAUCUACCAAAGAAAUAUUAUUUAUUCAGAAUAAAAAAAAAUCACUUUAAAGAUUAUAAUCUAUUAAAAGAAAAAAGAAAUAAAUUGAAGCUAUAGAAUCCUUAGCUUUAGAUCCUUAAUCAAAGGAAGAAACUAAAAAAUAAUUAACAAAAGCUAUAUCAUUUUCAAUUAAAUAAUAUUUUCUUAGCAUUUCAAAAAAGCUAAAAAUGAGAUGGACAGAUUAUUUGUAUUUCAUAAACUGCUUUGUUAAGUAAAUUAUAUAAUUUAUUUAGUUCCAAAAAUUAUAAAAGUCUUCAAAUUUAAUAUUCUUUUAAAAAAAUUAUUAAGUAAAUGGAUGUUUUAUAUAUACUGAAGAAACUACAAGAAAUAGAUAAAUUGAAAAUGAUACUUUUAACAGAAUCCUAGAUAAAGAUUUUUGAUUAUCUGUAAAAACCUACAAUUCCAUUAGAUCCAGAUUCAGCAUAAUUUAGCGUCACUCAAAAUUAUUAUUCGAUAUUAAAACCAAGAAAAAACGAUUAUUAGAAAGCUGUUGAUGCUGAAAUUGCUUUUAAAGAUUUAGUUGAAAAUCUAGAUAAUCCUAUUAACAUGAAAUUGAUUAAUUCUAUAGAUCAAACAAUAGUCGAUUUAUUAAAAAUGAGAAAGGAUAGUUUGGAUGUAAUAUCAGAAGGCGAUGUCUGUAUUAGCGGAUAAAGAUAUGAUCGAAAUGCUGUGCUUUCAAUUGAUAUCAAUUAAAGGAAUUCUUCAUGA